UUGUGUGCUGAUGUGUCAAAUACUGCUUUGUUGAAAACAGAUAUGCAGAAAGUUUCUGGAAUGAAAUGUGCAGGAAGGAAAAAACCAUCCAAAGGCAAUAGCUUGGAGCCUGAUAAUGAGAAACAAAUGCAUGAUAAAACACAUUUGAUUUCUUGUAACCUUCAAAGCAAUAGGAAAAAAAAUUCUUCAUGCCAGGAAACGGACAUGAAUCAAAGAUCAAAACGUUCUAAAAAUGUACAAUAUCAGGUUUUUUUCUCAUCUGACUCUGACACAGACACUUCUGUUUCUACUCCACCUUCCACAACAAAGCCCAGAAGGUUUUCUACUAGCAAAAGUAAGCGUGUGACAGUCAUUCACAAGCCACGUGUGACUCCUAAAAGUAACAGUAGCAAUUGCUCUAAGCAAGAAUUGGGGAGAUCUUUUUUAGAAGCAGACACCGAAAUGAAAGCAGUUGGCAAUUUUAAAACAACAGAUUCCUCCUUUCUACCUGAUACUGCGUUAAGUUUAAAUAAAAACUCCUCCCAAGAGCCAGACCAAGAUACUUAUGAUUUUGAUUCAUCAAACCCAAAAAUGAAAAGAGUGUUUGCUGAAAACUGUGGUAAUGCUAUGUUAGGCAUAAAAUCUGAUGCUAGCGUAAGUGAUAAAAAGUUAAACAGUAAGAAAUUUUUCCCUAGUAAACAAAAUCAUAAAAAAGAUGUAUCAGUAACAAAUAUUGCUGAUUCUUUCCCAAGAUCACAUUCAGAAAAUGAUAAAAAUUUAGAAAAAUGUAACUCCAAUUGGACAAAACCAAAUACAAUUGAAGAAGCAAAUGUGUCAAGUGACUCUGUUGAUUCAGAGAGAGAAUUGAAUCCUUUAGAACGAAAAAGGGUUUCCUUUGCUACACUUGAUUCAGUUUAUAAAUUCCAAAGAAAUUCUGCUGUCAUUUAUUGCGAUAAGCGUAAAACUGUGCAGUGUACUAAAAAUAAUGUUUCAAGUGACAGUGAGGAAAGCAGUGCUUCAGAAUUGGAUGGGGAAAAACCUGUAACGAAAGGCAAAGAGGGAAAAGUUCUUUCACUUCCUGAAGGUAUUAAAAAAGGACAACAUACAGUUAAGAAAGCAACAAAUGAGAGUGCAAAAAAUCAUGUGAUGCAGUCGAAGGAGCUCGGGCAAUGUCUCAAAGACAAAACCUUAGAAGUUGAUCCUCAUUCUUUGAUGCAUUAUGUAGCCACAAAUGGUGAAAUGGACCUUGAUGACGAGACUGAAAUUUAUACGUUUGUGCCAUCUGAACAGCAAGAGGUUGAAAAAACUGAUUCUGCAGAUUGUAAUGCUUCUAUGAUAACGAUGCAUAGGAGGUAAAAAUCAUAAAUACAGUAACAGCUUUGAUAUCAGUAAUACUCAUAUACAAGUCAGUCAUGCUUCUAAGAUUCCUUCCAAACCAGCAGAGGGCUUGGAAACAAAAAAGCUUUUAGUUGAAAAUUCUGUGCUUUCGCACUCUGCAUCUUUAAAUCCAAAUUACAAUUCAACCAAUACAACACAUACCUCACAUCAUACAAAGAACAGAGUGAAAAAUGUGAAGCUUGGUUCAAAUGGUAAAAUAAUUGAAAUUUCACCAGUGAAUGAGCAUAAUAAGGAUAUCUUGUGUUCUAAAGUAACAAAUGCCAAGUCUGAUACUGACCAAAAUAUGAACGAUGAAGAAGACAAAUCUGUAACUGGUCUGGCAAGCUUAAUAUCCCAGUUGAAGAAAGGUAAAAAGAGUAAAACUAUUCUGGAGAAAUGUAAUAAUGCCUCAAAAGAUUGCGUUUGAAAAUGUUACACCAGCAGAAGAUAUCCUCAUCAGUGAUAAGGUGAAGAAAGUUAAUUGCAGAAAGAAAAGUAUUUUACCAAGGAACACUUCUGGAAAGAAUGUAAAACAAUCAAAAACUCCAAAACAUCGAAAGCCUCUCAAAGAGAAAAAUGACUAUGUUCUCAAAAAAGUAGCUGACUCUCUGAAAUGCGAUCUGGGAGAAAACAAAAAAAGCAUUGGACUGACAACAGAACAAAUUGAAACGAAAGCAAUACCUGAAAGUUGUCCUAAUUUAGAGCAGCAACAAAACAGUGCAAAGGAUUCAAAGAUGACCCAAGAAGUAAAAAAACUCAGUUCUGUACAUCCAGAUCAAGAUAUGAAGACAAAUGAUGAAAAUAUCCCAGCUCCAAGAAGUAGUUUGACUGAUGAUCGACCAAAGAGGCGUUCCAAACCAGUGUGUUACACAGAGCCUAAUCUAAACAA